UUUAUUUGUUCCUUUCAGGUAAAAGUCAUUCACAAAGUCAAUGAGUAAAGCAAAUUAUUCUUCAGUAUCUGAAUUUGUGUUCCUGGGGCUUUCUACCUCAUUAUCAGUGCAGCAUUUCCUCCUUGCCUUCUCUACAGUAUUUUAUGUAACAAUUGUUCUAGGGAACUUUCUUGUUGUGCUAACAGUGACCUUUGACCCUCAUCUACAUUCCCCCAGGUACUUCCUUUUAGCCAACCUCUCAUUCAUUGAUUUGUGUCUUUCUACUUUAACAGUGCCUAAGAUGAUCUCUGACCUGUACUCUGGGCACAAAACCAUAUCCUUCCAGGGGUGUGUCACCCAGAUAUUUGUCCUUCACACCCUGGGUGGGUCUGAGAUGGUGCUGCUAAAUGCCAUGGCCUUAGACCGCUAUGUGGCCGUAUGGAAGCCCCUGCACUACCUGACCAUCAUGAGCCCACGGGUGUGCCUUUUGCUUCUGUGUGGUGCUUGGACUAUUGGCCUCAUUCACUCAGUGGUCCAGUUAGCUUUUGUGGUCCAUUUGCCUUUCUGUGGUCCUAAUGAAAUCGACAGCUUUUACUGCGACCUUCCUUGGUUUAUCAAACUUGCCUGCACAGAUUCCUACAGAAUGGAAUUCAUGGUCGCUGCCAACAGUGGGUUCAUAUCCAUGGGCACUUUCUUCUUGUUGAUCAUCUCCUGUGUUUUCAUUCUGGUCACCGUAUGGAGACGCUCCUCAUGUGGUUUGCGCGAGGCCCUCUCUGCUCUGCCGGCGCGCAUCACUGUGGUGGUCUUGUUCCUUGGACCCUGCAUCUUUGUUUUCAUGUGGCCAUUUCCCACGGUGCCAGUGGACAAGUUUCUUGCCAUUUUAGACUUUCUGGUUACACCCAUCCUGAAUCCUGCCAUUUACACACUGAGGAACAAGGAAAUGAAGACGGCAAUGAGCAGGCUAAGUAAUCAGCUCCUGAGUUUGAGGAAGGUCUCCUAAGCAACUCAUGAGAGCACAAAUUACUUCAAACAACUUCAUGUAAUACAAAUGUUUAAAUAAAUAUAUAAAAAUUGGGGCUUUUUGUUUUUAAAGACAGUCACCAUUUUAUAGUAUUCAGACUAGACCAUUGAUUAUGAGAUUCCAUUGAAUUCUAUGGGUAACAGGUUGUUUGUCAGCCAAAUUAAAACCCUGGGAAAUGUUUGGUGGA